AGCAAAAGUCUGUUGAAAGCACCAGUGAGACUGAAGGUCCAGAUCAUCCACGCAGGACGACAACUUGACACAAAGAAAGAAAAAGGGGAUAAAACAAGACACAACAUCAAGAUGGGAGACCCGAUCCAGUUAAAAGAUGAGGGGAACAACCACUUUCAGGCAGGAGAUAUUGACAAGGCCAUCGAAUGUUACACCAAUGCCAUUAAGGUGUGCAACGACAAAAAAGUGCUGGCUGUGAUUCACAGGAACAGAGCUGCAUGCUACCUAAAAAAGGAAAGCUAUGCCAAUGCAGUGUCUGAUGCAUCCAAAGCAAUCGAUGUGGAUGCAGCAGAUAUUAAAGCUUUGUAUCGUCGCUGCCAAGCUCUGGAGAAGCUAGGAAAACUGGAUAUGGCCUUUAAAGAUGUGCAGAGGUGCGCCACCCUUGAACCAAAGAAUAAAACCUUUCUUGAGACUCUCCGCAGGCUGGGAGCUGAAAUCCAGGCCAAGCUCAAGACAACAUUCUCCAUUGAUUCAAGGGUACAAAAUAUGUUUGAUAUUCUUCUCGAUGAAGAAAUGGAGAAGGACAAAAAGGAAAAAGCUGCCAAUAACUUGAUUGUGCUGUCAAGAGAGGAUGCAGGAUCAGAGAGAAUCUUCCAGAAUAACGGCGUGCCUCUGCUCCUUAACAUGAUAGAGACAGGCAAGCCAGAAAUGAUCCUGGCUGCUGUCCGUACUCUGUCAGGAAUGUGCACAGGGCACAAAGCUCGGGCCAUGGCUAUUGUUAACAUGGUUGGUGUUGAUAAGAUUUGCAGCAUCAUGGCAAUUGAUAAUGAAGAAAUUGCACUGGCAACCUGCAACCUGUUUCAAUGCAUCAAUGACUCCCUCACUGGUGCAGAUACCAGGGAUUAUGGGAAAGAAGCAUCCUUGGUUUUGGAUGCAUCUAAAGACCUGAAAACUAUUCUUCUUGCUCUUCUGGAGAUGAUUGCCAAUGCAAAGGUGUCUGGUUAUGGCAGAGAUCAGGCACUGAACCUCCUAACCAAGAAUGUACCUCGCAAAGACAAAAAAGAGAAAGAUCACUCAAGAACUCUCUUCACUAUUGAUCAUGGUCUGAAGAAGAUCCUCAAAGUAUGUGGUCAGGUGUCUGAACUGCCAGAUCAGUUGCCCAUGACAGAGAACACACAGCUGAUUGCUAGUGUGCUCCUUAAUAAGCUUCAUGAUGACCUUAAAUGUGACCCAGAGAGGACAAACUUUAAGGACAUCUGUGAUGAAUAUAUCAAAUCCAAAAUUGACCCUAACAACAUGGACAAGACCCUUCAUGCGAUCAACACUAUCUCGGGGCUCUUACAGGGUCCCUUUGAUGUUGGUAAUGCCCUGGUGGGACAGCAAGGCAUCAUGGAGAUGAUGGUAGCGCUGUGUAGUUCUGAACGUGAGGUGGACCAGAUGGUUGCCGUGGAGGCACUGAUCCAUGCCUCCACAAAGAUGAGCCGGGCCAGUUUUAUUAUAACCAACGGUGUGUCACUGCUCAAAGACAUCUACAAGAAGACAAAGAAUGAGAAGAUUAAAAUCCGUGCACUUGUGGGUCUAUGUAAACUGGGUUCAGCUGGAGGUGAUGAUUACAGUUUAAGGCAGUUUGCUGAGGGAUCCACAGAGAAGCUGGCCAAGCAGUGCAGAAAGUGGCUUUGUAAUCCCCAGAUUGAUACCAAAACAAAAAAGUGGGCUAUUGAGGGUCUUGCAUAUCUGACCAAUGAUGCUGAUGUGAAAGAUGACUUUGUGGAGGAUGAACCUGCAAUGAAAGCCAUGUUUGAACUGGCUAAGUCGCGGGAUAAGACAAUCUUAUAUGCAGUUGCUUGCACCCUUAUUAAUUGCACCAACUGCUAUGAUAAGAAGGAAAUCAUCCCAGAGCUGGUGCAGCUGGCUAAGUUCUCAAAACAACAUGUCCCUGAACAACAUCCUAAGGACAAAAAGGACUUUAUUGAAAGGAGGGUAAAAAGGCUGCUAAAGGCAGGAGUCACAUCAGCACUUGCUGUCAUGGUGAAAGCAGACAACUCCAUCUUGACUGACCAAACCAAAGAGAUGCUGGCAAGGGUUUUCCUGGCUUUGUCAGAAGAUCCAAAAGAUCGUGGUAUUAUUGUUGCACAGGGUGGUGGAAAGGCUCUGAUACCACUUGCCCUGGAAGGCACAGAUGUCGGUAAGGUGAAAGCCAGUCACGCUCUUGCCAAAAUAGCAGCUGUAUCCAACCCCGAAAUUGCCUUCCCCGGUGAGAGGAUGUAUGAGGUGGUGCGGCCUUUAGUCAGCCUCCUUCACACAGACAAAGAUGGAGCACAGAACUAUGAAGCCCUAAGAAGCCUCACCAACUUCGCUGCUUUUAGUGAAAAACUAAGGACAAAGAUUGUGAGAGAAAAAGCUGUGCCGGAGAUUGAAAACCACAUGUUUGAGGAAAAUGAUAAGAUUAGACUGGCUGCCACUGAAUGCAUGUGCAACCUUGUGACAUGCAAAGAGGUCCAAGAUCGUUACCUGGAGGAUGGUAACGAUAAGCUGAAGCUACUGGUGUUGCUAUGUGGAGAAGAUGAUGAAGGUCUUCAGAUAGCUGCAGCUGGAGCUCUGGCCAUGCUCACUGCUGCUCAGAAGAAGCUGUGCACCAAAAUUACCGUUGUGACGGUUCAGUGGCUGGAAAUCCUGCAGAGGUUGUGUCUCCACACCAACCCUAGAAUCCAGCAUCGUGGUCUUGUGAUUGUUUACAACAUGCUUAACUCAGACAACAACGAGCUGGCCAAGAAGCUGAUCGAGAGUGAAAUUCUGGAAAUCCUCACAGUGAUUGGAAAGGCAGAGGACAAUCCCAAGAGGCAGGAGCCUAUUGAUGCAGCACGCACAUGUCUCAUCAAAGCCAUGGAUCUCGGUCUCAUCAAACCUUUCUCCAGCACUUCCUAAAAGGCUGGAAACAAACCAAACAGCAGGAAAAGGGCACUUUGUGUUCCUCCCUCUAUUAAAUAGAGGUUUAUUUUCCAAUUGAUUUUAUAAGGACUCAUUAUCCAGGCCGCAGAUCUCAAAUUCCUUCAUAGUAUAAAUCUGUAUUUCCUUUUUUUUCCCUUUUUUUUUUAAAGAUCAACUUUGUUAGGUUUAGGCAGUGGGGUAUGAGAGAUAUAUUGUUUCUGUUAGUGCUGAACUGUAACUGUGAUUUAAUAUUUUAAGAAUGAUUUGAUGGUUUAUACUAAGUCCUAAUGUAUGUAUGAAUUUGAGAUAAAGUUCAAUCUGUCUGUCUGUC